AUGGCACCCGCACUUCUCAUACCGACGCUGCUGGAUGAGCCCUAUGAAGCAUCCGGUCAACCGCAAAAGGCCGCCCCUUGCACCGGAACCUCGAUAGUCGAGCGUAACAAAGCCUACUGGUCAACACAGCCCAGGCCGUCUUUGCUACAUCGGUCGUUCCAUGAGCAGCCGGUUGUAGUGGCGAGUGCAUCGCAAAACUACCUUACUCUUCACGAUGGCACAAGAAUCCUCGACGCCUGCGGUGGAGCUGCCGUCGCCAUCCUCGGACACGGAAAUAAGGAGGUGGUCGCGGCAAUGACAGAGCAAGCUGCCACUGUCGCAUACGUCCACACUCUGUCGUACACAACACAGGCAGCCGAGGAUCUCGCCAAACUCCUAGUUGGCCACAAACCGGGAGGCCUCAGCAAAGCCUUCUUCCUCGGCAGUGGUAGCGAAGCAAACGAUGGUGCCAUGAAGAUCGCUCGCCAGUUCUUCUUCGAGCGUAACGAUCCCCAGAGGACGCACUUUAUCGCCCGGAGGCAGGCAUAUCACGGCAACACUUGGGGCCCAAUGAGUCUGUCCAACAACGUCUCGCGUCUGGUUCCCUACAAGGACAUUUUGAUGCCCAAUGUCAGCCACGUGAGCCCUUGCUAUCCCUACCAAUACCAACGGAGCGGCGAAUCGGACGCGCAGUAUGUUCGACGCCUCGCUGCAGAGCUGGACGAUGAAUUCACCCGGGUUGGCCCGCAGCGCGUCAUAGCCUUCGUUGCCGAAACUGUGGGCGGUGCGACCAGUGGAUGUAUAACAGCUCCGCCGGGCUACUUCUCCGCAAUGAAAGCCGUGUGCAGGAAGCAUGGUGCGCUGUUCGUAUUGGACGAAGUCAUGUGCGGUAUGGGCCGGACCGGUACCACGAUGGCGUGGGAACAGGAGGACGGCGAUGCAUCGCCGGACAUCAUGACAAUCGGUAAGGGCCUGGGAGGAGGCUAUGCGCCAAUCGCCGGCAUCUUGGUCCACCAAGACAUCAUCGACCAGCUAGACCAGGGCACCGGAUGCUUCAACCAUGGCCACACAUACCAAGCCCAUCCCAUGUCGUGCGCUGCUGCCCUUGCCGUUCAAAGCAUCGUCAGACGCGAAGGUCUGGUGCAAAGGUGCGCGGAAAUGGGCAAGCGGCUCGAGAUGGGCUUGAAACAGAGACUGGCGGAUGAGCCUCAUGUCGGCGAGAUUCGUGGUCGCGGUCUCUUCUGGGGGAUUGAGUUCGUCCAAGACAAGUCUACCAGGACACCGUUCGAUCCAGCACUGAAGAUUGGCCCUUCGGUGCAGCGGGAAGCGCUCGAGCUCGGUGUCAACAUAUACCCAGGAGCUGGUACCCUCGAUGGUGUCAAGGGCGACCACGUACUGAUCGCCCCUCCUUUCACCGUCACAGAAGCAGAGAUUGAGGCGAUCACCCGUACAGUCUUGGAGGCAUAUAGAAGGGUCGUAUCCAGACCCCAAUAA